GGCGGAUCUACGAGCAGCGCAAGUCGUCUUAUUAAAGGGGCUGCCAAAAGUGUUGCCAAAACGGCCAAAAAAGCGAAAAAUUCAACAACUUCAUUAUUAAAAGGCAUACCAGAGAGGAACAUAAAAUCAAAUUUGCAGCUGUGUGAAGCAAUGUUUAAACUAUGGGAAGAUGUAAUAUCAGAACGUGAUGCGAUUAACGAAUUCUAUGAAGAGGCUGAAAAGGUUAAAGAUAACUAUGAGGGAAUUUACAUGAAUGAUUCCUAUUAUGAUUACCUAUUUGUGCCAAACACGAAAGAUGCCAAUGGUAAAAUUAAUCAUAAAAUUUCUAUUUAA